AAGUCUAUUACUCGACUUUCAGAUCCCUAAAAUAGAUGCGUAUUCGCGUCAUUUAUAUGUUUAUAUGUAUUAUUGUUUUUGUCCUUCGUCCGGCAAAUAACUUAAGUUUUCGCAAUAUGCAAAAUCGCAAUAUCGUACUUGGCAAAUGGAAAACUUACAAGUGAUUAUAAAACUUUUUCAUAGAUUAUCUCAUCUUCACCUGUCUUUCAUGUAAGAAGUUAUGGAAGUGUACCCGCCGAUGAUGAGAGAAAGUAUAACAAAUAUAAAGUUUACAAUUUACAAAUUUGAAAUUCUCUCCAGCAUUUGCUAAUUUUAUUAUUAAACAUGAUGUGCUGUUUGUGUUUACAAAGCUCUGAAAACAUCACAAAAGUCUUCGAAGAUUCGGGGAGAAAUGGAAAAUAUAACAUUGCUACAGUGUUGGCAAAGCAUUUUUGGUUUGAGCCCCAUAGAGAUGAUCCAGUCUUCACAGCUAUUUGUAAGUCAUGUCUGGGCAAACUUUACGAUUUCCAUGAAUUUUAUGAAAUGGUCGAGUUGGUUCAUAACCGGUUGAAUGAACCGGAGAUCGUGACGGUAAAAAGCGAAACGGCCAUUGUGGAAUGUGGUGUCCUUGCGGGUAAAGUUGAACCAAACGAGGAAUACGAUGUUUUGGGUGAAGUUCCAUUUUCCACAGAACUGAUAGAGUUAAACAAAUCAGUUUGCACGGGUCUGGAAGCUUCGGAAGAGGCAUUUAAAAAUGUAUCGCAUAACUCCAUUGAUACGGACGACAGUUCAUGUGAUAUGGAUGCAUUUAACAACUUGCAAUCCGAAAAUUCGGAUCCAUUCGACGACACUGAAGAAACCAGAGAUUCAAAAACCCCCAAAGAAGAACCCAUAGACGAAUUCACGAAGGAAGAAAUUGAGGCGAUAGAGGAGAGCGAAAAAACCACACGCUCCAAAAGAGUCCAAAAGUCUCAAACAAUUAUAGAAAAAGACUCCAUACAAAUCAAGCCUAAAAAAAGAGGAAGAAAGCGCAAAGAUGAAAAUGUCUCAGAUAAAACAGAGGAGUUAAAGCCGACAAAGUACAGAAAUGCCAAACCUAAGGCUAAUAAAAAGCCAGAGGAAGAAAGUGCGUACAAAAUUAAAAUGAAAUCGUUUGAUGACGAAAUUGCACAAUACAUGGGGCUCCAUUGUGAUGUUUGUAAUGUAGCUGUUGAAAAUUUUGCUGGAAUAAAAACUCAUAUGCGUAGUGAGCACAAUAUUGAAAACGGCUAUGUGAAAUGUUGUGAUAAAAAAUUCAACAAGAGAGCAAAUUUGCUUGCACAUAUUCGACAUCAUGUUGAUCCGAACUGCUAUAGAUGUGAUGAAUGUAAUCAAAUUUUCUCAGAUUAUCAAUCGCUUCGUAAUCAUAAUUUCAUCAAACAUCAAAAAGAGGAAGAUAAAAUUUAUAAAUGCAAUGAAUGCCCGAAAAAAUUUGCCAAGAAAUAUCUUUUGGAGCAGCAUAGGACUUUUAAACAUAAGGACCGUUUUAAACAAUGUAAAACUUGUAACAGAAGAUAUAAAACAUUGGCAGAAUUAGAGGAACAUAAUAAAGAGCCCUGCGUUGGUGGGAGAAUGUGUGAUGUAUGCGCAAAGGUUAUUUUUGGUCCCAGCGCCUUCAAGCGUCACCAAAUGGAACAUCAGGACGGGCAAGCAAGAGAGCAAUGUGAUUUGUGCGGAUCGUGGCAUAAAGAUAAGUAUGCGCUACGAAAACACAAGCGACGUCAUAUGCAACCGAAAACGCCACAUGUAUGUGACAUUUGCAAUAAAGUAUCGCCAAGUCGCGAUGCCAUGGAAAGUCAUAAGAAAUAUGCACAUCGUUCGGAUCGUACAUUUGAGUGCGAAUUUUGUAAAAAAAGUUUUAAAAGGCCAAGAUCCCUGAGGGAACAUAUGAGUACCCAUACCGGAGCUUACUUGUAUACCUGUCCACACUGCCCGAAAACAUUCAAUUCCAAUGCGAACAUGCACUCUCAUCGUAAAAAUGUCCAUCCCGUUGAAUUUGAAGAGGCCAGAAAAAAGAGGCAACGAGUUGGUUAUUUAGGCGACCAGUUAAGCGCAGCUGAAGUUUUAGCUUCGAAAUUUGAUACUGCAAAAUCUGAAACAUCAAAUAUAGCUCAAACAAAUUAAAUAAAUGAGACGCAAGACCAGUUUCAUUAUAUAAUGCAAACUAAUAUGUAUGUAGUUGUUUGCACAUAACUUGUAAAAGGAAAAUAGAAAAAAUUAAUUUAUAAAAUCUAUAAAAGCAAUAAAUUUUCAUUGAUUUAUUUGUGGCCAACACAGACAAAAAUAAAAAUCGGGUUCAAUCAUGAAA